AUGGCGGCGGCGGCGGAGGAGCCGGAGGGGCGGCGGGGCCGGGGGCCGCGGCCGGGACCGGCGCCGGGCAGCCCCGCGGGGCGGGCGGUGGGCGAGGGCUCGCCCGGGGGCAGCGGCCGCCGCGUCUUCAGCCCCGCUGGGGAAUUCCGCGAGUUCUCCCGGCGGCAGCUCCGCGACAUGGAACGGCUCUUCCGACAGUAUGAUGCAGGGAAAGAUGGCUUCAUUGACCUGAUGGAGCUGAAGCUGAUGAUGGAGAAGUUGGGGGCUCCACAGACUCACCUGGGACUGAAGAACAUGAUCAAGGAGGUGGAUGAAGACCUGGACAGCAAGCUCAGCUUUCGAGAGUUCCUGCUGAUUUUCCGGAAGGCAGCAGCAGGUGAGCUGCAGGAGGACAGUGGGCUGCACGCCCUGGCCCGGCUCUCUGAGAUCGAUGUCUCCACAGAGGGGGUGAAAGGCGCCAAGAACUUCUUUGAGGCCAAGGCACAAGCCAUCAACGAAGCCAGCAGGUUCGAGGAGGAGAUCAAGGCAGAGCAGGAGGAGAAGAAGAAGCAGGCAGAGGAGCUGAAGCAGAGGAAAGCAGCCUUCAAGGAGCUGCAGUCCAACUUCACACAGUGA